AUGCAUGUUUUUUUUUUUUUUUUUUUGGUUGUUUUUGGUUUUCUUUCUACUUUCCCUCUCGAUAGCUAGGGAUUCUUUCUACUUUCCCUUUCAAACACCUUCUUUGCACUCUCAACACCACUGAUAUCGCCUUCUCUAUUUCCACAUAUUUCCUCCAUUUUUGAACACCGCAUCUGCAAAACAAACUGUAAAGAAGCAGCCAAAUACGAGGUCACGAAACCAUCUGUUUUCACCUUCUGCCCAAUUCAGGUCUCGAAUCGCAUUUCUUCGACAGAUCUCGGCUCUUGAAGUCAGGUUUCCUUCUCUUCUCUUCCUCCUCUUCUCUCCAUUUACACCCUUGCUCUAUCUCUCUCUCUCUCUCUUUUAUUUUCUUCAACCUCUGGAAAACCUAGCUUACAGUUUCUUCUCAAAUAGCAAGGGGUUUGAAUUAUCUACAUGAGAAUUAUAAACUAAAGAUGGCACAUAGGGGUAUUAAAACUGCUAAUAUCCUUGUUGAUGAUGCUCUAAACGCUAAGAUAUCAGACUUUGGGAAUCCUAUCCUUUAUGCAGAGGAUGGACAGGACAAUGAAUUUAAGGUCAUCAAAGUAGAAGCAGCACGUGGAUACAUCAUAAAUGGCUCACAAGUACCCAAUGUACAGAAAGAUAUCGCAAACAUAUAUGUCGAUGGUUAUGGUGUUGUUGUACUUGAAAUUGUUAGUGUGAAGAAAAAUGCAGAAAAUAAAUUCAACCAGAAGCAGCGUGAGUUUCUGGUAGAGGAGGCUUGUCUUGCAUAAUCAAAACACAAGCUGCUGGAAUUAGUGGAUAAUUGACCAUCUUAACGUUAGUGAUGAAGUGCACCAAUAUAUCCACCGCUGUCAGACCCACAACGUCUGAUGUUGUAAGUUCUCUCAUUGGUAUGAAAACCAUUAACAAAAUCUCUAUGCUUUCCUCCAUGGAUAAGAUCUCCGAGAAUCUUUGCAAAAACUAUUUCAAAUCUCUUCUUCAUGACGAUGAACAACCACCACCUUUUUGUUUUCUCGAACUAUGCAUAAUGUUUGAAUAUUUCUAGAAUGUAUAGCAUAGAAACAUUCUGUUUAUGAAUAAUGCAGACGAUCUUUUAGAUGCAUCCACUUCUUUCUGUUUAUGUGAAUGCCUACACAAAUAUGCAAGUGCAUGUUUUAUUUUUAUUUUUAUUUUUAUUUUUUUUUCAUGUUGUUUUGAAGUUGAUCCAAAUUUCCUAUGGUUGCUUUGCUUUGUCUCUCUUCAAGAAUAAAUAAUGCGAAAUUUUUUGCUAGGCUGUUAGAGAAUAGUUAGUACAACUGAUGUUUGAAACAUUUAACAUAUCGGGCUUCUAUGCUUCAGAGCAAGCAAUAUUGUCACUCUAUGCAGUAGGAUGAAUCUCAAGAUGCACUGUUGAUAUUGGCCAUGGAAAGAUAGCAUUGGAGAAGCAAGUGAUGGAUCGAGUAGAAAAUUGAAACACAAAAUUUGCAAUCGUAGAGUUACAAGUGCAUGCUAAGAAAAUUACACACACAUUCACAGAGAUAAAAAAAAGAGAGAGAUAAAUCGAGUUCUUCAGGAGGAAGUAUGUUCAUGAGGCUUACAACAAAGAACUAAGCAUAUGAGCUGGGUGGUGAUGUAUUUUUCUUUACUUUUGUCAUGUUUAUAGAUGCAUCUUUUUUAUUAUAUUAGCCUCUUAAUAGUAAAGAUAAUGGUGGCUUAUACUGUUCAUUUAACGAACAUAAUGAUGUGUUAUUAAUGUAAUGAUAACUAAUUGACCUUAUAGAAAAUGUGCCAUGUUUAUUUAUUAGAA